ACCAUUGUUUCUGGGCGGAGCCCCCUAGGCGCUUAGCCCUCGACAGUUUUCAAGAAAGCGAUCCAGGGGGGCGAAGCCCCAUAGGAUUGCCCCUGUCCGUGACUGCGUGCCUGCCUGCCUGCGUGCCUACUUGCAUGGGUCGACAAGGACUACCAUACUGGCGCAAACCGCGAACGUCACGUCUUAGUAUUUGCUAUUCCCUGUUGUAGAGGUGCCGUCCGGUUGAACGUUGCAUCUCGGGGCCGCGGCACACGCUGCAGGAGAUGCUGCUUGGUAGAGCGCGGCCUGCGGCCCUGCGCCACAAUGGCGGCGGCGAUGGUGGUGGUGGAGGGCCUGGCCCUACCAGCAGCAGCAGCAGCAGUAGCAGCGGCUGCAGCAGCCUCAGCGGCACAGGGCCUGGCGGCAGCGGCCCUGGGCCCAGCAGUUGCGGCGUGCAUGUGCGUAGCGGAGGGGGCGAACAAGGCCACGUGGAGGAGGACAGCGCGGCGUCGCCCACGAAGCGGCGCCGCCGCGCAGCUUGAGGCCGGCCGGUGUCUAGUUAGGGUCUUUGCUGGCGAGCAUAGCACCGCGCAGUAUGUGGUAGGCCGCGCAUCAGUCAGAAGCGUUGUGGCUAGAGGAUUUCCUGCUGUAUGGUUGAUUGCUGGCUGUGCUGUUGCUUGGCAGCGGGACGUGGCUGGACGCAUGGCGCGCCGUGCCUGCACGAACCGACCCCAGCUAUGUCCAGGAGAUGAGGUAGACGCUUGCGGCCUCAGACUAGAGACGUGGCGUGGGCGCAGCCCAUCCACUUUUCCCAUGCGUGGGGAACCGCAUAUCUUGCCUUAAGCCAGCAUUGACGGCGCCCCUGCCGUUGUAAGAUACUAGCACU